AUGCGUGAUUCCUAUGCAGUUGAUCGCACAACACUUCACCAGGUUCCUCUUCGAGACCUUCGAACUAUGGAUGAAGUACCAAAUUUGGAAACAUAUGGAUUUACUUACGUCACCAAAAGUCCUGUUGUAGGAAUUGAAAACUUGAUCGAAUUCUCUGGUGCCCAUCAAGCUGCCUUGAAAGCCAAUGCUGUUGAACUUGUGCAAAAGCUAACAGGGUCGAAGACGGCAAUCGCUUUCGGAGGUGGUUAUCGAGAUUGCAAUUCACCAGAAUCAUCACAAUCAAUUCGAGUAAUCCACUCUGACAUGUCUCCAGAAGGGGCUACAUGGAUCAAGAGCGAAGUGCAAGAUCUAUUGUUUAAUUCAAAGGAUCCAAGGGAGGUGGAAUUUGGCAGGCACAUGACGCAAGGCAAAGACGUCGUUAUCUACAAUGUUUGGAGGCCUCUCCAUACGGUUCAAGACAAUCAUCUCGGGUUUUGCAGAUGGGAUUCACUGUUGAAAGAAGAUGCUUUGCAAUCACACAUCAACCCAACAAAGGCUGGAAAUGCACUUCAGCCAUGGAGGUAUAGGGAGGGUCAAUCAUGGUUUUUCCUGAGUCAUCAAGAGCCACACGAGGCUUUUAUAUUCAAGCAACACGAUGAUAGGGCAAAAGAAGACGGCCACGGGAUUAAUGUACCCCAUGCUUCCUUCACUCUCAAGGGUUACAAAGGCCCAUCUACACGAGUGAGUUUCGAGGUCAAGAUCAUUGCACGUAUUGAUCCCCCAAUAAUCAAAAGAAUUUGGUACCAAUUGAGGAAAUCCGUGCAAUCAAGACUUACCAAAUUCAACUCAAUCAAAUCAAGAAAUCUCGAAGAAAGAAAGCCUCGCUGA